CGAUCCCUGAUGUCCAUCGAUUUCGUUGCAACGAUCGGACACGCAGUAAUCGGUAAUCUUCCUCCUUCAAGUCAUCACAACGAACACGAUUUUACAACGGAAUUUAUCGAACGUUUGAUUAAAACAUUGUCGUAAAUCCAGGAGAAUAAAAAAUGGAAGCGGUGACAGUCGAUAUGGGCAACACGACGCAAGAUACAACCUCUACGGAGACGAAAGAUGAGAAAAUGUCAGACGCAGAAGAAUGUCGGAUUGAUAUGCAAAAAUUGCUGGACGACAACGAGUUUAUACAAACUAAUGGAAACAUGAUGGCAGACUAUACAGGUCUUGUUGAACGUACAAGAAAUGCAUUUUAUAGUGGCAAAACAAGACCACUAGAAUGGAGGAUAAAACAAUUAAAACAGGCACAACUUAUGAUAAAAGAGUGCAGGCAGGAUAUCUUAUCUGCUCUUACUUCUGACCUACGCAGAAGUAAAUUUGAGUCUAUUGCUUUAGAAAUACAAGUUGUAGAAAAGGAGAUCAAACACUUGCUUAUGUGUCUUAAAGAAUGGGCAGCUGAUGACAAACCUGCAAAAGAAAUGGUCAAUCUACUUGAUAAAGUUCAAAUUAAGAAAGAUCCAUAUGGUGUGGUCCUUAUUAUGGGACCAUGGAAUUAUCCUUUCCAGUUAUGUGCAGUUCCUCUGAUAGGUGCACUAGCUGCUGGAAAUUGUGUUAUUCUUAAGCCAUCAGAACUAUCCCCUGCUACAUCAAAACUUUUUUCACAAAUCAUUCCAAAAUAUCUGGACCAAGAAUGUGUUCAUGUAGUGUUGGGAGGUAUUCCUGAAACGACAGAGUUACUCAAACAAAGGUUCGAUUAUAUUUUCUAUACCGGUUCAACUACGGUUGGAAAAAUUAUACGCGAUGCGGCUAAUAAAUAUUUAACACCAGUUACGUUAGAACUUGGUGGUAAAAGUCCUGUAUACAUAGAUAAUACAGCAGAUCUCGAUGUAACUGUUAAAAGAGUACUUUGGGGCAAAUGUAUUAAUGUCGGGCAAACUUGCAUUGCACCCGAUUACAUACUUUGUACUCCCGAAAUUCAGAAUAAAUUCAUAAAAAUAGCAGAAAGAGUUUUAAAGGAAUGGUACGGUGACAAUCCUAAAGAAAGUCCAGAUUUAUCACGUAUAAUUAACGAGACUCAUUAUCACCGUCUCGUAAAAUAUUUAAAUGAUGGUAAAGUUGUAUUAGGAGGUAUUUGUGAUGCCUCCGAAAAAUAUAUCUCGCCAACUAUACUUGUUGAUACCAAGCCUACAGAUCCUGUGAUGCAAGAUGAAAUAUUUGGCCCUAUAUUACCUUUUUUAAACGUGAAUAAUGCUUAUGAAGCGAUUAAAUUCAUAAAUAGUCGCGAGUCUCCUCUCGUAUUGUAUAUAUUUUCCAAGGACAGGGGAGUUCAAGAUUUAUUAAUAAAUCAGACUCGUAGCGGAAGCGUGACAGUGAAUGAUACGAUCAUGCAAUAUUGCGUUGAUACUCUACCAUUUGGUGGUGUUGGCUAUUCUGGCAUGGGAUCUUAUCAUGGAAAAUAUACUUAUGACACGUUUGUGCACAAAAAAGGCUGUCUCAUUAGAGACUUUAAUAUAUUAGGAGAAACAUUGGGAGCAUGUCGUUAUCCACCGUAUUCCGAUAAAAAGUUAUCUUUCUUAGAGUUCUUAAUGGCAAAACGACCCAGCAUACCGGGAAUUAAGUACGUUCCAUAUCUUUUAGCAUUUGGUCUGGGAAUGCUUGUCACCUUUGGUAUUUCGACCACUAUAAAGAUUCAAGAAGCAAACAAAUAAUGGAGUCCUCACGAUAUUUUUACUUUUAC